CAGACAGACAGACGGACGGACAUGACGGUUCCAUAAGCCCUGACUCGGGCUAAAAAUCUAAUAUGUUCGAGAAUUGAUUAUUUGAUUGGUGAUUCACUACAAAUUAUUUUUUAAAUGGAGGCGUCGCAAGAAUUGAAAGGUUCAUUGGCAAACUGGGGUCAUAUAGUUUUUGUUUCAGGGUGCAUAGUUAGCUUUUUCGUCGCAUUGGUAUUUGCACUGGAAGUACCGUGGAAGUUUGCCUUAAUUGCUGGUUUAACGCCAAUCGGAGUCUUCUUUGUUGUCUUAUUUCUUCUCUUUUGCGUCUUUAAAUUGAAGUUGGCCACAUGGAAGAAGCAUUACGAUAAAGUGUCCCUCAAUGAGAACUACACAAGAUCAAUCAAAGCGUUACUCCUUCCAAUACUUUUGGCUGGUUUGUACUUUUACAUCAAGGAAGAAGAAGGCGAAAAUACUUUAUACACAAAAAGCCCAGUCAACUGUGAAAUGAUUAUUCAUCCCUGUGGAUCGUCAUACAAAAAAAAUUCCACCGACGUUUGGGACGCUGCGGAUUUAAUAUCACAACCUUCAGAAAACGAGAUUUUAAUAAUUACAAAUUCUGUAUUCGGCCUUGAGCAGCAUAGAGGCGAAUGUGCACAAACUGGAGCAUACUGCAGUACAGAGAAUAUUAACCCCGGUCGAAAGAGUCUGAAAUGGAUGGAGAAAACCUCUUGGUCAUUUGCACACGAACUCACAAGAUCAGCAAUUUGGAAUCCUGUGAGUUGUCCAGUCACAGAUUCCGACUUGGAAGAUGAUCCCGGCGUAUGCGAGCCUGGUAUUUUGUAUGACAAUGGAAUUCAAACCGACGUGUGCAUAGAUUCUCGCCUUUGUGGCAUUAGAGGCUGGUGCCCUCCGAUAAGAUUAGAUAAUUUUCCUCAAGAAGCAAUUUUCAAGACUGAUGAUUUCACAAUAUUUCUAGAUCUGAAGCCUAACUUUCCAGAAUUUAGAGCACCAAGUUGGUCAAGAGGGGGGAAGGGAGGCUAUUCUGCUAAUUAUGCAGACAUUUAUGCAAAAUACCACAAUUAUGAAAAGUCCGUGUCUACGUGCUUAUUUAAUCCGAAAAGUGAUCCAUACUGCCCAAGAUUUCGACUUGAAGACAUUGUUAUGUUGGCUGACGUAACUGAUAACGAUUUUAAUGAGACGGCCAAAUUUGGUGGUCAGUACAAAAUAGAAAUCGUCUGGAGCUGUGGUUUUGAUUGGGAGAAAGAUAUUUAUGACUGCCUUCCAAAAUUCAACUUCAUUAACCGUGCUACUAACAAGGGAAAGCCCAAGAUUUACCCGAAAGUCACUGCUCAAACUGAAAAUAGCAGAAUGGUAAAUUACAACCUUGGAAUUACUGUUUCAAUUUUACUGUCGGAGAGGGCCAACAAAUUCAUCUAUUUAAUUUGGCAAUGUACGCUCAAUUCAUUUAUGUCUCGUUUGCAAUGGUGAGCAGCAGAGAUAAAAGGUCCUUUUAUUUGGAUAAUUCGAUGCCUCAUUGCUACAAUUUUUACUGCUCGAGAUCGAGAUCCAUCUUAAUAAAUGUACGUCCCAGAAUACUGAAAUAAAUAUGCACAAGUUUUAUGAAUGGGAA